UGUAAACAAGCACAGGGCACUGCAGAGAGCGAGGUUUCUGGUGGAUCUUAAAUUUGGCUCAGUAAUUAACAUGCUCACAGGCAUUCUAACGAUGUUUGGAGUUGAAGCAAGUGGAUUUUCUGUCACCAUCAGCCUUUUUCUGCUCUUUCUGGGUUUGCUGUACUGGUAUUCAGUCUAUCCAUACUCAGUCCUGCAGCGAUGUGGGAUCAGACACCCCAAACCGGCUCCAUUCUUUGGAAACAUGAUGCUGUUCCGACAGGGGUUUUAUGAAGCCCAAAAGGAGAUGAUUAAACAGUAUGGAAGAGUGUGUGGUUAUUAUCUGGGCAGACGGCCAGUGGUGGUAAUAGCUGACCCAGACAUGCUCAAGCAAGUAAUGGUGAAGGACUUCCAGAAUUUUCCUAACAGAAUGAAAUUUAAUGGAGCAACUAAGCCAAUGAGUGAAAGUCUGAUCAUGCUAAGGGACGAGCAGUGGAAACGAGUUCGCAGCAUCCUCACACCAUCCUUCAGUUCUGCCAAAAUGAAAGAAAUGGUUCCUCUCAUCAAUAUAGCUACAGAAACAUUACUGAACAACCUGAACACAUAUACAGAGUCUGGAGAGAGCUUUAACAUCCACAGGUGUUUUGGUUGCUUCACGAUGGACGUAAUUGCCAGUGUAGCAUUUGGAACGCAUGUGGACUCUCAGAACAACCCAGAUGACCCGUUUGUCCAUCAUGCUGCCAAGUUCUUUGCCUUCUCUUUCUUCAGACCCGUCAUUCUAAUCUUGAUGAUGUUCCCGUUCCUGAUGGCGCCCCUUAGUGGCUUGAUCCCAAGUAAAGACCGUGAUGAGAUGAACAGCUUUUUCACUGCUUGUAUUCAGAAGCUUAUAAAACAAAGAGAUGAACUGCCACCCAGUCAGAGGCGGAGGGACUUCCUGCAGCUGAUGCUGGAUGUCAGGAGCAGUAAGGAAUGCGUAGCGCUGGAGAACUUCGACGUUGUCAAUCAUGCAGAUGAGCAGGCUGGGGUCGACGAAGACACCGGAUCAGCACAUGAGCUCCCAAAACGCAGUCAGCAGAAGAGGAUGAUGACGGAGGAUGAGAUUGUAGGCCAGGCCUUCAUCUUCCUCCUGGCUGGCUAUGAGACCAGCAGUAACACGCUUGCAUUUGUCUGCUACCUGCUGGCACUUCAUCCAGAAUGCCAGAAGAAUCUACAGACUGAGCUGGAUGACUUCUACAGCAGAUAUGAAUCAGCGGAUUAUACCAACAUUCAGGAGCUGAAGUAUUUAGACAUGGUGUUAUGUGAGGCUCUGAGACUCUAUCCACCUGCAUUCAGAUUUGCCCGAGAGGUUGCGCGGGAUUGUGUGGUGAACGGACAGGCACUGCCUAAAGGAGCGAUUAUUGAGGUUGGAGCAGGAUUCCUGCAUUACGAUCCAGAGCACUGGUCUGAACCUGAGAAAUUCAUACCAGAGAGGUUCCUCCCUGAAGCCAAGGCCAGUCGACACCCUUUUGUGUAUUUGCCGUUUGGAGCAGGGCCUCGCAGCUGCGUGGGCAUGAGACUGGCCCAGCUGGAGAUUAAGAUGGCACUCGUCAACAUCUUGAAAAGAUUUAAUGUGGUGUCCUGUGAGGACACUAAGGUUCCACUUGAAUUAAAGUCAAAUACCACCCUGGGACCCAAGAAUGGCAUCUAUGUUAAAAUUACCAAAAGGGAGAGGUUUGAUGAGACGGCACUGUAAAUAGGGGUUUGUGUGUGCGCCACAUUUGCAAGGGUUUUAUAUAAUCACAAAUUUUUAUUAUAUAUACAUAUAUAGAAAAUCACAAACUUUUAUGAAUGUAAAUCUACCUAUACACAUAUUUUAUAAUCAAAUCAAUGAUCUAAUUUGCAGUAACACAUACGUUAUAUUAAGGACUGUAUUAAGGACAAUAUGUUUUGUUCAGUCACCAGAGCGAGUUUGUUCCAUGAGUACUUGCUCAGACAUGUUCAGUGGAGUAGGCGGGGUAAUGAGGUUCCCAGCAGAUUAAAGUUGAUUAAAUAUUUUAAGGAAUAAUAAAGUGUUAAAACGAGA